UGCAGUACCACAAACCAACCCGCCAAUACCGCAUCACAGUCAAUUCUUCCCAAUAAUCUUCACUUUCAGAGCAACACAUUCAAGACACGCCUAUUCAAACCAAAAACCGCAACAAGCUUAAUUUGUCAACACUUUCACGGCUGCAAUAAUGGCACCUACAACUCUCACGGCUCUAGCGGGGGAGAAGACCCUUCAGACUAGCUUCGUUCGCGACGAAGAUGAGCGUCCAAAAGUUGCCUACAACCAAUUCAGCAGUGAAAUCCCUGUCAUCUCGCUUGCUGGCAUCGAUGAAGUCGAUGGGAGGAGAGCCGAGAUUUGCAAGAAAAUCGUGGAUGCCUGCGAGGACUGGGGUAUUUUCCAGAUCCUCGACCAUGGUGUCGAUGCCAACCUCAUAUCCGACAUGACACGGCUUGCCCGGGAGUUCUUCGCUUUGCCUCCUGACGAAAAGCUCCGCUUUGACAUGUCCGGUGGCAAGAAGGGCGGCUUCAUUGUCUCCAGCCAUCUACAAGGAGAAGCAGUGCAAGAUUGGCGUGAAAUUGUAACAUAUUUUUCAUACCCAAUUAGGUCCCGAGAUUAUUCGAGGUGGCCGGACAAGCCGGAGGCGUGGAGAGCAGUGACGGAGCAGUACAGUGACAGAUUGAUGGAACUCGCCUGCAAGCUCUUGGAGGUGCUAUCGGAGGCCAUGGGAUUGGAGAAGGAGGCGUUGACCAAGGCUUGUGUGGACAUGGACCAAAAGGUUGUGGUUAAUUACUAUCCGAAAUGUCCACAGCCUGACCUCACGCUCGGACUCAAGCGCCACACAGACCCCGGCACCAUCACUCUCUUGCUCCAGGACCAGGUGGGUGGCCUCCAGGCCACCAGGGAUGGUGGGAAGACCUGGAUCACCGUUCAACCUGUUGAAGGAGCUUUCGUGGUCAAUCUCGGAGAUCAUGGUCAUUUUCUGAGUAACGGGAGGUUCAAGAACGCGGAUCACCAAGCAGUAGUGAACUCGAACUACAGCCGAUUGUCCAUAGCCACAUUCCAGAACCCAGCGCCAGAGGCAAAAGUGUAUCCUUUGAAGAUCAGGGAGGGAGAGAAGGCAGUGCUAGAAGCGCCCAUUACAUUUGCAGAGAUGUACAGGAGGAAGAUGAGUAAGGACCUUGAGCUUGCCAGGCUGAAGAAGCUGGCCAAGGAGCAGGAUUUGGAGAAAGACAAAAAGGAUGCCAAGCCUAUUGAAGACAUAUUUGCUUAGACAAGCCCUUGUCCUCCUAUUUUUAUGUUUCUUUCCCUUUGAUAUUUGUCUACCUGUCAACCACUUUAUGUCAGUGCAUCUUUUCGGACUGUAGAGUUUGUUAAAUUUGAUGAUCAAUAUGGGGUCCUGGAUCCUGGGACAGUGGUCCGUUGGACAGACUGUUCUCAACCAAUGAUGUUUCUCUCCAUACCAAAUUACCUCAUACAUGAAAAUAAGUUGAGCCCCGUCUGACUUCA